GUCUGCUUCAGGAAAUACAAGUUCCAGCGCCCGGCUUCAGUUAGAUAGUAUCAGAGUCUGAAAUUAGGAGAAAGAGAAGCGAAAAUCCCCCAAAAUGGGCUUUGUGAAAGUGGUGAAAAACAAGGCCUACUUCAAGAGAUAUGAAGUGAAAUUCAGGAGAAGAAGAGAGGGAAAAACCGACUUCUUUGCCCGGAAGCGCCUGGUUGUGCAGGACAAGAACAAGUACAACACACCAAAGUACCGGAUGAUUGUCAGGUUCUCCAACAGGGACAUCUGCUGUCAGAUUGCCUAUGCAAAGAUCGAAGGUGACCAGAUCGUAUGUGCCGCAUACUCCCACGAGCUGCCCAAAUAUGGCAUCACUGUCGGCCUCACAAACUACGCUGCAGCCUACUGCACUGGACUGCUGCUGGCCCGCAGGCUGCUGCACAAGUUUGGCAUGGACCAGGUGUACGAGGGCCAGGUGGAGGUGACGGGAGAUGAGUUCAAUGUGGAAAGUGUUGACGGUCAGCCUAGUGCCUUCACCUGUUACCUGGAUGCAGGUCUGGCCAGAACCACUACAGGGAACAAGGUGUUUGGAGCGCUGAAGGGGGCAGUCGAUGGAGGCCUGGCCAUUCCUCACAGUCUGAAACGCUUCCCCGGUUACGACGCUGAGAGUAAAGAGUUCAACGCCGAGGUGCAUCGGAAACACAUCAUGGGCAUGAAUGUGGCAGACUACAUGUCGUACCUGAUGGAGGAGGACGAGGAGAGCUACAAGAAACAGUUUUCACGAUUCAUUAAGAACGGAGUCACACCAGACACAGUGGAAGAAAUGUACAAAAAAGCACACACAGCCAUCAGAGCGAACCCCGUACACGAGAAGAAACCGAAAAAAGACGUCCAGAAGAAGAGGUGGAAUCGCGCCAAGUUAACUCUGGCACAGAGGAAGGACCGCGUCGCCCAGAAAAAGGCCAGCUUUUUACGAGCACAAGAACAAGAAGCAGGGGACGGUUAGGCCCUCGGCUCAAUGCAGCACAGAGCUGCAAACGCACAACACAUCACAGACAAAUAAAUUUUAUUUCAAACUCAA